AUGGUCUACUGUGCACAGUUGUCAAGCAGCAAUGAACUCCCCGUUAUUGUGACUCAUAACUGCGUGCCUGUUAACGUCUGCGUGUCUGUUAUCGUCUGCGUGUCUGUUAUCGUCUGCGUGUCUGUUAUCGUCUGCGUGUCUGUUAUCGUCUGCGUGUCUGUUAUCGUCUGCGUGUCUGUUAUCGUCUGCGUGUCUGUUAUCGUCUGCGUGUCUGUUAUCGUCUGCGUGUCUGUUAUCGUCUGCGUGCCUGCUAUCGUCUGCGUGCCUGCUAUCGUCUGCGUGCCUGCUAUCGUCUGCGUGCCUGCUAUCGUCUGCGUGCCUGCUAUCGUCUGCGUGCCUGCUAUCGUCUGCGUGCCUGCUAUCGUCUGCGUGCCUGCUAUCGUCUGCGUGCCUGCUAUCGUCUGCGUGCCUGCUAUCGUCUGCGUGCCUGCUAUCGCCUGUGUGAAUGCUAUCGCCUGCGUGACUUAUCGCCAGCACACUUGUUAUAACGCUAUCGACCAGGACAGGCUGGGAGACCGAUAG